GAAACACUAGCUGCUGAACAUAAACCAAGUUAAAGCACGAGCCCGGUUUGUGAAAAUGGACUGCGUUAACGCAAAAUACGUGUCACAGAAGAUCAGCAAGACGCGGUGGAGGCCCGUUUCAACAGCCGUGUUACAGCAGCCCGAAGUGUUCGCGACCGGAUCGUGGGACAAUGAGGAUAAUAAGCUGUGUCUGUGGAGCGUGGGAGAUGACGAAAGCCGCAGCAUGGGGGAAGAAAUGGAGGGAGACCCGCAGCUGCAGUGUGAGUGUCAGCACGCCGGGGAUGUCAUGGACCUGCAGUUCUUGGAUCGAGACAGACUAGUUACAGCAUCAUCGACCGGAGCGGUGACUGUCUACAAACUCAGCCCUGACAACAAGACCCUGUCCGUGGCUCACGUGUGGGAUCGGGAACACCGCUAUCAGAGCGCUAACGCUCCGUGCACCGGAGUGGCGUGUAACAGUCCAGAGCUGGUCUCCGUGGGCGAGGACGGGAGAAUCGUCCUCUACAAAGCCGAUCAGAGGGGCGCAGCGCGCGUCAUCGAAAACGCAGACAGCAGCACGAUACAUGGCGUGACGUUUCUGCGGACGACUGAGGUCCUGACGGUGAACUCCAUCGGACAGCUCAAGCUCUGGGACUUCAGGCAGCAGGGCAGUGACCCUGCUCAGAUCCUCACCCUCACCGGGGACAGGGUUCCCUUACACUGUGUGGACCGACACCCAAACCAGCAGCACAUAGUCGCCACCGGCGGCCAGGACGGCAUGCUGUGUAUUUGGGACGUGAGACAAGGCAACAUGCCCUUCUCUCUGAUGGAGGCUCACUCAGCUGAAAUGUGGGAGGUCCGUUUUCACCCGACAAACCCGGACCACUUGUUCACCUGCUCGGAGGACGGCUCUCUGCUGCACUGGGAGACGUCCUCGGGGUCUGAUGCACCCUUGUUCCUGCAGGGACGCAACAGCAGCAUGAUGUCCCGCAGCGCCACGGCCCCCGCCGGAGGAAACCAGUCCAUCGUCAGUGCCUGGCUCCACGGAGACUCCAGCAAGGGCAGACUGGAGACGACGCACAUGCUCCCCAGCCAGACGCUCUCCGUCAACAGUCUAGACGUGCUCGGACAGUGCUUGGUGUGCGGGACCGACGGGGAGGCGGUUUACGUCCACAGACGGGUCCCUGUGUGACGUCGGUCUUCGUUUCAAAUCAUCCUUUUUAUUGUGUAUCUCGUACUUUAAAUUCUUGUUAGUUUUUCAGCUGCUCCCAUCGAGGGAUUGCCACAGCGGAUAAUCAAUCUGCACUUUCAUUUGUAUAAAAAAUGAAAUAAACAAACAAAUAAAAAAUG